CCCUAAGCCGAUUGGCCAAGGAGUAACGCGCACGAAUUGCUAUGAUUGGCUGCACUUCUCAUGCGCUUUCCAUCGCGAGGGAACUUCGAACAGAAGCGAGGAUUGCUGACGUACGCGUGCGCGGGAGACGCAGAAAAUGGCCGAGUGUGGGAUUGAAGCAAUGCCGCUGUCUCCCGAGACUCUGAAACUGUACGAGGCUCAGUUCUUCGGCUUCACACCGCAGACCUGCAUGCUGCGGAUCUACAGCGCCUUCCAGGACUGCCUGCAUGACAUCCUGAUGACUGUGGAGGCCGUUUUCGUUAGAAAACUAGCUGGGGAAAAGCCACCAGAAAAGCUGAGCCAGCAGGCCAGGGAGUGCACCUCCAAGCUGCAUGCGUUUCUGCAGGAGCGCAUCCAGCGCCUGUCCAGUCGCAUGGACACACUCCUGGUGGACAGCGUGCUGUCAGUCCCCCCCAACGUGCUGCUGCCUGAGGAUGGCCCGCAUAAGGAGCAGCCUCGGGACAUGCAGGAGCUGCUAGAACUGGAGGGGGAGCUAGGACAGCUGCAGCAGUGCUACCAGGCGGAGGUGUGCGCCAGACAGGCCCUGCUGGCCGAACUGGAAGAGCAAAGGGAAGUGCAGGAGGACCUGGACAGCCUGUUGCGGUGGAUUGGGGAGCUGCGGGCGUCCUGGAUGCAGGGGGGCCUGGGGGACGUGCAGGAGAGCCUCGCCUUUAUGACACGGACCGUGAAACAUGUGCGAGACGUGAUGCAAGGAAUCACGCAGAAAAGUAGCAUGCUGGAUCAUCACUGAUCUUAAGAUUAAAAUGGACUUAAUUUGAUCCCCUGGAGGGUGGUAGCUGGGGGUUCUGUGACCGUGGGGUGUUUCUUCUUUGUUUGUUUAGUCAAUAAAAAAUAAAUGUCUUUCUGUGGUUA